AUGUUCAAGGAGGCCUUCUACCGUUCUCGGGAGCUACGUCAACCGGUGGACUUCGCGGAGACCGAGAUCUUGAUCUAUGAAGUCAGCUGGGCCAUCCAGACUCUGACCAAUCGUUCAGGGUACAGCCCGGCACAACGAGUCUUCGGUCGUCAACCUCAAGUUGGCCUAGAUUCCUUGACCGACGGUGGCGAGUUCAUGUUGAGUCCUACGGCAGACAGUGCGUGGCAGCGAGCGCAUGAACUUCGAACAGCUGCCCGCAAGGCCCUCAUCGAGGUCGAUGCCAAGAGCAGAGUGAGUCGUGCUCGUUUGGCCCGACCGAGACAGGAGAUCAAUCGUUUGCAGUUUGUCGAAGGUGAGCCGGUUCUGGUGUGGAAACAGGGCCGCAGAGGCAGCGCUGCCAAAGUUGGUCCGUGCUGGGUAGUGCUCCAGCAUGGUCACACGGUGUGGGUGACUCGCCGUGGUGAGCUAUGGAAAUGCAACGUAGCUCAAGUCUUCCGGAUGGGAAAUGCCGAUCGUGAUGGUUUGGAAGCUGUGCCUGAGGAACUCUUGCAGGCCAAAGCCCGACUGAAGUAUGACUCAGAAAAGUUGAUGUACAAGGAUGUCAGUCAAGAGCUGGACCUCGAUGAUGGGUCCCAGCUAUCUCCAAUGGUCAAGGAGGAGAAGUCCGACUACCCGGCGGAAGAUCAAGAUGAUGGGCGAGGAAUAUCCACUGAAAUCCCAGUUUCGGAUCCUUUAGUACCCCCUGAUGGAGGUACUGGUCGAGAUGGAGUUGCUAGAGUAGAUGUUGAUCGAGAUGAUGGACGAGGAAUAUCCGCUGAAAUCCCAGUUUCGGAUCCCGUGGCGGGUCAAAUGGAUCGUCUAGCUCCAGUUCAGGUCAACACCCUCAGGGUCGUCAUCAAGUUCUACGUCGACAACACCGAGGGUGAUGGGGCGAUACUGCGCAAGUGGGUCCGUUAUGAUCAGAAUCCGAAUCGCUACCGGACAUCCAACAGCCAAGGUCCCAUGUGGAGCGAUGUGGUUCAACGGGUCACAGUGGACAACGCUACUGGCCAGGUGAUUCGUCGUGAGGAUAUCAAAGGUGAUGAGCGAUCUCGCGACCUUCACAAGCCUUUGCCAAAGCGUCUGAAGUCAGUCAAGACGGUGCUCGUGUACAAGCGAGUCGCAGGACAUCCUGAUCCUGGUGUGCCUCUACAUGAUCCUGAUCGUCCAGAGCGUGAUGAUGAACCGGUUGCCGAAGAUGCUCGACUAGUGGAUCGUCAAGUAAAGAGGAGCCUGGAUGAUGAUCAUGGUGAAGGUGGUUCAGCACCUCAGAGAUCCAAGGUCCUCGGUGCCUGGACUGCAGAUGAUGUGAGUGAACAUGGGGAUCGAUCAAAGUUUCCCCCGAUCGCGAAUCAUCGCGACCUCCAGCUUUUCUCUCGAACGCUGGAAAGCGACAUGGUCUAUGAUCACCAACAGGUGUAUGGGUCUUUUGUGUACCUGACCAAGAAGAGCGGCAAAGAGCUGAAUGAGCGGAACUUUUCGCCAAAGGAACGGCUGAUGUUCGACGAGGCGAAGAAUGGGAACUCGAUUCGCUUCAUCACGGACAAGGCCGAGGUGGAGCGCAUCAGAAAGCAGCUGAAGCACAGGAUCAUGCCCUCACGUUUCGUGCUUACAAAGAAAGCUCAGGAGCUUGGCCAGGACUGGAAGGCUAAGGCAAGGUGGAUCCUGUUGGGUCCAGAUGCUCUUGAAGUUGAACGCUUCAGUCCUACUCCGUCUGGGCCUACUGUGCACCUGGCCUUCCAGCUGAUCUCUUCCAUGAAGUUCAGGUUGGAGAUUAUGGACGUGACGUCUGCUUUUGGCCAGUCCGAUGCCGAGGUCAGGAAACAAGGACCUCUUUUUGCGUGCGUGCCACCAUCAGGGAUACCAGGCAAGGAGGAGUGGAUGUUGGUGGAAAUCCUGACGGCCAUCUACGGCCUUGUGAAUGCUCCAGCAAGCUGGCGCAGGACGGUGCGCAAGGUGUUGUUGAGCCUGGGCUAUACCGAGUCGAUCUACGAUCCCUGCCUCUUCAUCCUCCACUUCGACCACGCUGAGCGAGCUCGUGGCUUCAAGCUUGGCUGCGCUGGCCUGGUGCUGCUUGAUGUCGAUGACUUUGCUCAAGGAGGCGGGGAACGACACCAAUGUUUGAUGCUCAAGCUCAAAGAGCGUUUCCGUUUCGGGAAGUGGCGGAUUGUGUACAAGGAUCACGCCGAGUACCUGGGUCGCACCGUGCGCCAAAUGCCAAACUACGAAAUCCGCAUUGACAUGGCUCGGUAUGUCACUGAGAAGUUGCACCCGAUUUCGCUGCCGCGAGAUCGCCUACGCCUCGGAGAUGAUGAGGAACUCACCGAUGCUGAGGUUUCCAUGCUUCGCGGGGCCGGGGGUUCGCUGCUCUGGGUAGGCAAGGAGGCGCGUCCUGACGUCGCUGGUGCCUGUGCGAGGGCCAUGUCGUGGGGAAGCGGACGCCCGAAGAUCCAGCGUGUGAAGUUCGUCAACAAGACAAUUGCCGAACUCAAGCGAACUUGCAACUGCUACCUCAGGAUUCUUCCGAUCCCAUUGGAAGAUGGGAUGUGGAUCUCAGUGAGUGACGCGUCGGUGGCAAAUGACUCUGAGAGAGAGUCCUGUCCUUGA